UUGGAGAACAAUGUUAGUGGGGGGGACAGAUAAGACAGAAGGAGAGCUGGAGGAGUGUUGGACAGAUAGCAGCCAAGUGACAGCUCAGGACAAGUGACAGCUCAGGACAAGUGACAGCUCAGGACAAGUGACAGCUCAGUCCUUUCAGGACUCAGUAAGGAGAGUGCACAAAAUUUAAGAGAAAGUUUGCAAAGGGGCCAGAAACGAAUAGAGAAAUGGGAGAAGUGAGAAAGUCAGAGCAGAAACAGUGAAACGACUUUAAAAGAAGAGGAAAAGUAAAAUAAAUAAAUAAAUAAAUAAAUAGAUAGAUAAAUAAAUAAAUCUUAAAUAAUAAAUAACUAGAAACAGGAGAGAUUUAGGAUUAUUUGGGGAAGUCGGGAGGCAGGUAAGAAGCGGUGCAGGGAGCGGGGGAGUAUACUGUCCCCUCCCUGCUGCCAGGAAGCUGUGGUUUCCUUAGCUGUCUCUGCUGCUAGCCGGGCAGGGCCGGGGCUCGGGAGCUACUGCCAGACGAGCAGAUGGGAAGGAGCGGCUGGCCUCUGCUUACACCAUGCCUUCCUGCAUCCCGGGGGAAAACAGCCCGCAGCGACAUGCAGAGCAAGGAGCUCACCGACAUCUCCAUCCUCAACUCCCAGCCCAAAGUCGACCUCCUCUGGGAGCCCCCCUCCGAGAACCUGCGCAAGCUGAAGAAGAGGAAGGUGCUGGUGGAGCAGAAGAAGAAGCUGUCUGCCUGGGCACUGUUCCUGGCACUGCUGGGCAUACUGCUCAUGGUCCUGCACACGGAGCUGCUCUGGUAUGGCACCUGCCAGUGGCUUGUCUACCUGUACCUGAUGAAUUGCAGCAUCACCAUAGCCACCAUAAUGCUUCUCAUUCUCAUCAUUGCCUUCCACUUCAAGGAGAUCCAGCUCUUCAUGAACGACAAUUCCUUAGUGGACUGGCGUAUAGCUGUGAACACUAAGAAGUUUGCUUGGAUUGUGCUGGAAAUUGUGGUGUGUGCUGUCCACCCGAUCCCAUUUGAACGACAGUGUAAGGGAAGUAUAGACUCUGAAACUCAGGCCCCGGACUUUCUCUCAGAUGCAGACAUUGUACUGUCCAUCAUGAUGUUCCUACGUCUGUACCUACUGCCCAGGACUGUGCUGCUCCACAGCAGGGUGUUGGUGGAUGCUUCUUAUAGAAGUAUUGGGGCCCUCAACAAGAUCAAGUUUCAAUACCAGUUUGUCGUGAAGAUUCUCAUGAACACCUGCCCAGGCCGUGUCCUACUGAUAUUGUCCGUCAGUCUGUGGGUUGUCUCCUCCUGGGUUCUGUCUGUAUGUGAAAGGGAAGGCCAUCGCGGGGCCGGCAACCUGACUAACGCCAUGUGGCUGAUUCCCAUCACCUUCCUAACUAUUGGCUACGGAGAUUUGGUGCCAUUUUCUGUGUGCGGCAAGCUGGUGUGCUUGUUCACCGGAGUGAUGGGGGUCGGCUGUACAGCUCUGAUUGUCGCUGUAGCUGCUCAGAAGCUAGAGUUCACCAAGGCGGAAAAACACGUACAUAACUUUAUGAUGGACAUACAUUACAUGAAGCAGAUCAAAUGCGCGGCAGCCAAUGUACUCGGUGAGGCCUGGCUGCUACACAGGCACACUAAGCGUGGAGAGAGCUCCAAGAUCCGCCUGCACCAGAGAGAGCUUCUGGGAGCCAUUCACAUAUUUCGCCGCAGAAGGAGAAGGCACAAAAAUUUGAAGGAUCAGGUCAAUGCUAUGGUUGAUAUUUCCAAAAUGCAGAUGAUCAUGAUGGACCUAGACUACAACUUUACCUCCUCACACCAAGACUUGGAGAAGAGAAUUGAUCAACUGGACAAGAAACUGGACGAGAUCAGUCGUUUAAUAAUGACAGCUAUAGAGUCUCCACAGGUGUCCCACUGACAACAAGCUGCCAAAUGACUUAGAUUACUCAGCUGGAGUUUGUUUACCACUGAAGAAUUGUCUUCCACUUGAAAUGCCUCUUUGUCAGAGGGGCUGAGGAACGCAACGCUUGUUGGCUGUUCUCAGAAUGUAUAGGGCUGAUUCUAAACGGACUUACGAGUUGACUGUACUACACAUCUACUGAUGUUCUCUUUGAAGUAAUGAGGCUGAAGUGUGAUUCCUGUGGACGAAUAAUGUCGCAUGUGGAAAAUAUAGAUAUCAUACUUGUAUGUCCAUCGUAAGAUGGCAGAAAUAUAUUUUAAAACGGUAGACUUGCAAAAUAGAUCUAAAAUAGAUGCACAGGAAAUUACAUUAUUAUUGACAAAGUGAAGCCUCAUCUAAUCCGUAGAUGAUUAUGAAGUCAGGGUACCAUAGUCAGAAGUGCAAUGUGUAUAUAAAGAGGUUCUGGGGAACAGAAGGUGAGCAUAUUCGUUGGACCUUGACUUCCAUUCCUGCAAGUAGCGCAUACAGGGAAUAGAAACAUGGCUUUUCUAGUUGAUUUUGCAUUCACAAGUAAAUACUGGAAGGUGGCAAUAGUCUCUGCAAGACUGCAAAGAGCAGAAUAAAUCUUAUUUCUUUUUUUUCUAUUGAAAAUCAGACACAUACUAGUGUUUCUUUUAGAAAUCAACAUGCAGAAUAGUUUAGAGUGUUUUUGGUUAUAUGUAUAUAAAAAUCAAGGGUGAUACCUUUUCAGAACAAAGGACUAAUGAUAGCUAAUCUACAAAAAGUCACUAUGCAAAAGAUGCCGACACAAAAAUGUCCGGCGUCCAUACUUUUACCUUAAUAGUAGUCCACAAAUUUUGCUUAUUAAAAAGUAUUUGAUUUGUGCACGUGAUUACAUUACGUGUACAGCCUGUAGAUGAUUGAGCUCUUUGAAUUUAUAGCACUUUUGUAACUCAGCUUGAACACAGAGUAAAUGUAUUUUAAAUGGGGAAGUUGGUAAAGGGUACAUUAUUGUUGAAUAAAUAUAUUCUAGAUGGCAGAAUAUGCACGUUGCAAUCCCCCACAAAAAAGAAAAAAUUGAAUAUUAUUUUUUUUUGCCGACAACCGCCCCACCCUUCUACACACACUCACUUUGUGGUAUAUUUACUAAAGUGCAGGUUUUUAGAAGUGAUGUUCCCAUUGCGACCAAUCAAAUUCUAGCUAUUAUCUUCUAGAAGGUGCUAGGUAAAUGAUAUGUAGAAUGUGAUUGGUUGCUAUGAGCAACAUCUCCACUUUUAUAAUCCUGUACUUUAGUAAAUAUACCUCUUACACGCUCACACUACCAUGAUCAAAUUAUUUGCACCCACUGUUUAAAUUAUAUAACUUGGGGAUGUUUUCACUCAAAAUUAAAAUAAAACUAAAUUAAAGAGAACAGUACACUGGAUUACCAUAUACCAAUCUUUUAUUUCCAUUUAUUUAAUUUGCUUUAAUACGUUGAUUUUUACCUUUCCGGUACUAGCAAACAAACACAUUCUAGGAAAGGUAAUCCGGUCCCCACAAGGAGAUUGAACCAACUGGCAGCACAGAGCAGUAAAAAUGAGUAUGGGGAGUACUAUAUGGUAUCCACUCAGUGGAGUAACUAGAACUUUUUCUCCCCCAAGCCAAAACAUUCUCUGGCGCCCCCCCCCCCCAUAAUUACCACUAGUAAAGUGAUGAAACUGGGGGCGUGAUCUUGCUGAAAUGGGUGUGGCUUUGCAUAAAGGGGUGUGCAUUGCAGGACAAGACUACCUUACACCCCAGUUUUGCAACCUGCACGCCCAGACGUUGGCCACCACAGGAAAAAAAAUAAUCCUGAUUCAUGCCCCUUACAUUAUUUGUAAUAUUUCCUCCUUAUAGUAAUGCCCAAUAUACAUUAUGCCACAUACUGCAAUUGCCCUUAGACAUUAUGCCACACACAAUAAUGCCCAUUACACAAUAUGACACACUGUAAUGCCCCUGACACAUUAUGCCACACACCGUAAUGCCUGUGACACAUUAUGCCACGCAUCGCAAUGCCCGUUAUACAAUAUGCUACACACUGCAAUGCCCGAGACAUUAUAGCACAUACAAUGCCUGUGACAUAUUAUGACACACACCGCAAUGUCCGUGAUACAUUAUGCCACACACUGCAAUGACCCUGAGACAUUAUACCACAUACCACAAUGCCCGUGAUAUAGUAUACCACACACCGUAAUGUCCGUGACACAUUAUGACACACACCGCAAUGUCCGUGAUACAUUAUGCCACACACCGCAAUGCCCAUAACACAUUAAGCCCACAGUAAGGCUUCUAAUUACUUUUAAAUUACCUGCUCGUUUCCAGGGGUUUCAUGCUCUUGGUACCAUGCAUGGUGGCAGGGGUUUUCAUGCUCAGGGUGUCAUUCUCGUUGACAGGGGUUUCAUGCGUUAGGUGUAAUGCUUGUUGCCAGGGGGUAAUAUUUAUUGGCAGGUGUUUCAUGCACUGGGUGUCAUGCUCGUUGCUAGGUGGAAAUGCUUGUUGCCAGGGAUUUCGUGAGCUGGGUGUUAUGCUUGUUACCAGGGGGUAAUGCUUGUUGCUAGGGCUGUGACCCCAAUGCCACAUAUGCCCCCAGUGCCAGAUAUUCCCCCACAGUGCAAGAUAAAAAUAUGCCCCUUAGUGCCAGAAACACAUAUGCCCCCACAGUACCAGUUACACAUAUGCCACCAGUGCCAAAUAUGCCCCCCAAGUGCCAGAUACACAUAUGCCCCCAGUGCCUCCCCUCCCCAGUGCCAGGUACACAUAUGCAUCCACUGCCCCCCCAGUGCCAGCCACACUUAUGCCCCCAGUGCCAAAUAUGCCCCCCCCUAGUGCCAGGUACACACCCUUCCCCGCUGCUGUACUGUCCAGGAAGGAGCCGAAAGGCACAGCGAGUGCCUCUCCUGUGUCUCCAGCGGCGUGUCUGUCAAAUGAAGUGCCGGUUCGUGAGCAAGUCAGAGCUCGCGGACCGGCAGCUGCGGCUCCUGAUUGGCUGCCAGUCCGUGAGCUCUGAUUGUCUCCUGAACCGACACUUCAUUUGACAGACACGCUGCCACUGCCGGAGACCCAGGAGGGACACAGGAGAGACACGCGCUGUGACCUCCGGCUAAUUCCCGGACUCACAGUCACAAACAGCAGCAAUCAGCCCUGCGCCUCCAGGCCUCCACAGUGGCUGCGAGGGUGGGAGUUACGCCACUGUAUCCACUUACAUAAAAGGUAUAUACAGUAGUUAAGAAUACAUCAGGACCAUCUAUGGUAUUAUAAAGCAGUAUAUGAUGAUAGAAAAAAAUGUCAAGACGGUGACAUCCACCCAGACCACUGAGAAUUAAACCCCUGGUUACAUGGCAUCCUUCAAUUUGGAAGAGUGGCAACAAUAACUGAAGUUGUCCGCCUCCUAGUCUUUGUUUCCUAGAAGUGGAAGCUAUGAGAACACCACUAAUGAGACUUGAAUUCAGAAUCUACUGGUCAGGGAAGAUGGCACAAUGCAGGGGGCCAGUAGCCAAGCUCAAUUGUCUCCUAACUCCAGGACAGGAUUCCCAGGUGGUCACUGACUGGGCUGCCAAUAUUGUUAAGGAGCUGGGUUGGUCAUCUAUUUGCCUGCUCUAGGUCACAUUUCCAUAAGUUUCCGGACCAUGAUCAUGACUUGACAGAUGAAAUGCACAAGCUUCAUUCCUAUACUGUAUAUAAAAAGUAGGACUGAAGCAUGUACAUUCCCUAUGUGUAUGGAUGUACAUGGCUAACCUAGUAAACAGAGAGAGGAGCUUGGUGGGUAGUCUGUGGCUCUGACAAGGGAGUAUGGUAGGUACUUCUAUGUCUGCACAAUGACUACCUUUUACAUAUACAGAAAAAUACAGGACAGAAGCUUUAAAAAUCAACAAUAAAAAGCACUUUCAAUUA